GGGAGAGGAAGUGAUUCGAUUUUAAGUGGAAUUUGAAUUAGUUGACGUCCAAUAGUCGGGUCACGUAAACGUGGCAACGGGGACGUUAAUUGGUACUCAUUUUAUUUGUGCUAAUCCGCUGCUGGAUGCUUGUAUAUAUAUUUUUUUUUGGUUUGUUUAAGUCCUCGUCCAUUUCAUUUCUGAUUCUGCAACACAUCAUGUAAAUUUAUUCUUGCGGUCUGAGCGCGAACAGUAGCUUCCAGUGCGAUGGGGCGUCGUAGCUUAGCGUCGACGUAGACGCCGACGCACGGCGUCGGACGCCUGGUGCCAUAAAAUUGCAGAAUGUAAUCAUAGUGCGGCGAACUGGCGUUCGAUUCGCUUUGAGACACGUGCGGGCCUCUCUUUUUCCCCGUUCGACUCGACGCUUUUUCGAUCUUGCAACCGACGUAAUUUUAUGUGUAUGUUUGCAACGUUUAUGUUGUAUUUUUAGUGCGCAAACUUCCUUCGCGCGGAUUCUUCGAAUUCAAAAAUAGCCAAACUGAACUAAACGGUAGUUAAGUUUCCUGGUUGAGAAUAAUUGUUUGUAAAAGUGGAACGCAAGAGGUAACGCGUAUCGGCCGAAACACGUUCCGAAAAUAGUUGCGUUUGUUUGAACGAUCGUUAGCAGUUAAAGCUAAAAUGUUUCUAAAUAAUAGUGUAAAUGCAGAACUAUUUGCAGGACGAAGUAAUUAAAAAUGUCUCCAUCAGAAAACUUUGAUUAAUACGAUGUGUUUAAUAAAACUAUUUUCGCGAUGAAUUUGGGGGAUGGCGUUAAGCCUUCUAUUGUUGGUUGUUGCUGCUUUGGCUCUAGCCGCCCCCGAUUGGACAGAUUGUCCUACUCCUUGUCACUGUAAAUGGUCUUCAGGAAAGAAAACGGCAAUAUGCAGGGAGGGAGGCUUCGUUACCUUACCAUCGACCCUCGAUUCUGAUAUGCAAGUUUUGGAUCUCAGUGGAAAUUCGAUUCCACAUCUGCCUAGAGAUGCAUUUAAAAACGCUGGUCUAAUUAAUUUACAGCGAAUAUUUUUGCGCAACGCCCAUUUAAAAAGAAUAAAUCGUGAUGCAUUCAGAGAUUUAAUCAUACUGAUAGAAAUUGACUUGUCGGACAAUGAAAUAGCCGAGAUUGAACCUGACACAUUCCUUGGAAACGAACGGUUGCGAGUAAUUUAUCUUAACAGAAAUCCUAUAAGAGAACUGAAGCAAGCUCAGUUUCCUCCUCUACCGCAUUUGAGAAGCUUGGAGAUGGAGGAAUGUCAGCUGGAAGCUGUUCACAGGAAUGCGUUCAUUUAUCUCGCAUCCUUGGAGAGUCUGAAUAUGAAAUCCAACAGGCUUCGUUACCUUUCCGAAGCAGCGUUCCUCAACUUCGCACACCUGAAAUCUCUCGAACUGAACGGCAAUCCGUGGAGUUGCGAUUGCAAUCUUCGUGGAUUCCGAGAUUGGUUUCUUUCCAGUAAAUUACAUUCGGAUCCGCUCACUUGUUUCGAACCGGAAAACCUUUCCGGGCUGCAAUGGCAAAGCAUACCAUCGGACGACUUUGCUUGUCCACCCAAUAUAACACUGUCACAUUAUCCACAAGUUCGAGUUGAAGCGGGUGGAAAUGUAACGUUUGGCUGUCAUAUCAGUGGAGAUCCGGAGCCGGAAGUGACUUGGCUUUUCGAUGGAAAACCAGCAACUAGCAACUCUACUAUUGUAAGUUCGGAAGAAGGGAUUUUAGAUAAAUGGGUGAACAUCAGUGUGGUAAAUGUAAGCGAUUUGGACGCAGGUGUAUAUACGUGUCUAGCAAGAAACUCUUUAGAGUCGAUUAGUAAGAAUGUGACUUUAGUUUUACCGGAAGUAAUGACUGCCACAACAGUCAGCAAAUCCGAUUCCGGUUUGUUAAUGUGGAUAAUUAUAUGUGUCAGCUGUACGUUUAUAUUUUCGAUUGUUUGUGCCGUAAUAGCCGUCGCCUGUGUUAAAGUGCGCGGUAGAAAUCGUCGAAAGAACUUGAAGGCUAGCGUCAGUUUUAACGAUCAAGAAAAAAAAUUGUUAGACGUGAGUAUCGCCACGACGACUGACAGAGGUACCGGAAGUUGCGAAGCAAUUUCAACGGAAAUGGAAAUGUCGGAACCGCCGGUUCAUAUUACAAUCGAGAGUGAACCCUUACCGUUGACCGUCUAUCCUCCUCCACCUGAGUUUUCCACGAGCGUUCUUCCGGCUGGCGCGUACGGAAAUAUUUUAAUUUCCGUUUCUGUAAGUCGAGAUCCGAUGAUAGACACGUCGAGAUGUCCGGACCUUUUGGACCUUCCCCAUAGGGCUAGUAAGACUGCAAUAUAUCCAGGAAUGGCGACGUUGCCCAGGAGGCCGAGAGCUACAUUGCAGUACGACAACAUGGGACCCCGGAUUACCGCGGGGGGUAGUUCCACGCUCUCAUUACCGGAUUCUGCGGGAGACGUUCCACCACCACCUCCACCACCUCUUCAACUACCCCAGUGUACCCCGCUUACUUCCGAGUUUGUAUCUCUUUAAUCAUCCUGUGGUUUGUCUUCAAUUAGUGCCUUUGCUCAUAAAAUUUAUUGCAUUUAUUUGUUGUUUAGGCCAUGUGUACCUAUACAUAAUUCAGUUCUAAUUUCUUGUCCGUAAAGAUCGAUAAUCACUUAUGAUACGAUAUUCGUUAAAAAUCUGUAAGGCGUCCGCAACCAUUUCGUUGAAUUACUUACUACCAAAGAUAUAGUUUGGUUUAUAUAGAGAAAAACAAUGUUUUAAUGCAAUCUGAUAUAUAGUUGAUAAAAAUUAAGUUGAAAAAUGCUUGGUAAACUUUCGGAAAUAAGAAAUUAUUGAACGUGUUAAUAAUAAUAAAUAAUUACGUAUUUUUAAAAUAUCAGGAGUUGAUUAACUUUUUCAAAAGUUUGAUAUGGAUACAAUUUACAAUGACAAUACUUUUGUGAAAUAAACAUCAUUACUGUAUAUUUAGUUGGAAAUGUUAAAGAUGUACAAUUGAAAUUAAUAUUUAAUGUGGGGCGCCUCAUGGAUGUCACUUCGUCAAUCAGUAAUACCAUACCUAAAUACUUAGAUAGAUAGAAAUAAUUCAAAGUUACAUUUGUAAAUACCCUUUAUCUGCUUUCAUGAUAUACCUAAUACAUUGUUAUUUAAAACAAUUUCUUGUUUCGUAUUAAAGAAAAGUAUUUCUACUUUCGUCUAAUGAAUAAUAUAAGCUCAUACUACGUAUAUUAUUAUCUAUAUUCAUAAAAGAUGUUCAAUUGAAUUUUGGAGUAAAUUUUAUAUGUUUUUAUUUGGGAAAAAGGAAGAUAUGGUUUAUUAUUUGUUAAAAUUAGAAAAACGUAUUACCUGUA